GUACUGAUAUUUCAAGCUCUGAGCACUAAGCUGAAAUGAAGCUGGUCUGGUGGCUCUUCUUCUUCCUGGACUUUUGGGGCCUAUUUCUGGCAGAUGAAGGGAAAACUCCCGGCCCUCCCCGGGUCCUCACCACAAAUGGAGAACUCCAAGGACAGCAAAUCAGGGUGAGAGGAGCUGAGAGGGAUGUGGAGGUUUUCCUCGGAAUUCCCUACGCAAAACCCCCGGUUGGAUCUUUGCGGUUUUCCCCUCCACAACUGGCAGAACCCUGGACUGGUCUCAGAGAUGCAACCUCUUACCCUCCCAUGUGCCUGCAGGAUCCCCUGGUGGGACAAGGUCUCUCGGAUGCCUUUACUAACACAGGGCAAAGAAUCUCCUUGCGUGUCACGGAGGACUGCUUGUACCUGAACAUCUACGUGCCAGCCCACUCUGAUAAGGCAGAGCAGUUACCGGUGAUGGUCUGGAUCCAUGGUGGAGGACUUCUGAUAGGCGCAGCGUCCACAUAUGAUGGGUCUGUUUUGUCUGCUUACGAAAAUGUAGUGGUGGUGGCGAUCCAAUACCGCUUGGGCAUUCUCGGGUUUUACAGCACUGGAGAUGAGCACGCUCGAGGGAACUGGGGCCUGCUGGAUCAAGUGGCAGCUCUGCAGUGGAUCCAGGAGAACAUUGCAAAUUUUGGGGGUGAUCCAGAAUCAGUUACCAUAUUUGGGAAUUCAGCAGGUGGAUUCAGCUCUUCUGCCCAUGUGUUAUCCCCUCUGUCCAAAGGCUUGUUCCACAAAGCGAUUUCAGAAAGUGGUGUUGCCAUAACAGACGUGGUGUUCGAUGCCCACCCAGGAAAGCUGGCUAAGAAAAUUGCUGGAUCGAUUAGUUGCCCUACAUCCAGUUCGGUGGAGAUGGUUCGCUGCCUCAGGGGGAAAACAGAGAGUGAAAUCUUAUUAGCUACUCUGAAGAUGGAUUUUACCCGGCUGCACCUGGGCGGAGAAGAACAGCACGUUAUCCUUUUCCCUGCAGUAGUUGACGGUCAAUUUUUUCCGAAGAGUCCCAGAGAGCUUUUAGCAGAGAAAAACUUCAAUAAUCUUCCAUACAUCCUUGGGGUCAAUGAUGAUGAUUUUGGGUGGAUGCUCCCUCAGCUUCUCCAGUUUCCAGACGUCACAAAGGGACUUGACAGAGAGACGGUGAACCUCCUGCUACGCAGCUCAGAGCAACUCACAAGCGUUGCUCCUCAGGAUCUUCCUCUGGUUGCCGAUGAAUAUUUCCAGGAUCUCCAGGAUCCGGUACAACUCAGAGAUCAUUUCCUGGCUUUAUUGAGGGAUGCCGUAUUCCUUGCUCCAACCAUUCUCACUGCCAGACACCACCGAGACGCUGGCAAUCCGGCCUACGUUUACGAAUUGCAGCAUUGUUUGAGAGAACACAGCAGCUUUAGGCCAGACUUCGUUAAAGUGGAUCAUGGGGAUGAAAUUGCCUUGGUCUUUGGAAAGCCCUUCUUCACAGACAAUGCAACAGAAGAAGACAAAAUGCUCAGCAAAGUGAUUAUGAAAUACUGGGCUAAUUUUGCUCACAGUGGGAACCCCAAUGGAGCUGGCUUGGUAACCUGGCCCAGAUACGACCUGAGUGAGCAGUAUCUGGAAAUAGACUUAAAGCAAAAGGUGGGAAGAAAACUGAAAGAGAAAGCUGUUGCCUUCUGGACCAAGACCCUGCCAGAAAAGGUGGCCAAAGAGAAAGGACGCACUGAGUUAUAACUUCUUCAGCCACACAUGAACUCCAGAAUUUGGUGCAUCAGAAAACAUUUCUCAGAUAAUCGUCACUCACCACUGGAUUGCAAGUCUGGCCCCUUCUCUUCAACUGGGCGAGUGUACGCUGGCCUCCAAGGGCAAGCGAGUCACACCUUCCCAAAUGAAGUUGGUCACGGG